UGUUGUAAUUCUGAUGACAGGAAGCCCUGCAGAGCAUAGCCACAGACCCAGGGCUGUACCAGAUGCUGCCACGGUUCAGUACCUUCAUUUCUGAGGGCGUCCGUGUAAAUGUUGUGCAGAAUAACCUGGCUCUGCUGAUAUACUUGAUGAGGAUGGUGAAGGCUUUAAUGGACAAUCCAACUCUAUAUUUAGAGAAAUAUCUCCAUGAGUUGAUCCCAGCGGUGGUGACGUGUAUUGUCAGUAAGCAGCUGUGUCUGAGGCCUGACGUGGACAAUCACUGGGCUCUGCGAGACUUUGCUGCCCGGCUGAUGGCUCAGAGCUGCAAGACGUUCAGCACAACAACUAACAACAUCCAGUCACGUAUUACAAAGACAUUUACUAAGGCAUUGCUGGAUGAUAAGACUCAGUGGACAACUCGUUAUGGCUGCAUUGCUGGACUUGCUGAACUUGGGCAUGACGUGAUAAAGACAUUGAUCAUCCCUCGGCUAACCGUAGAAGGUGCUCGUAUUAAAGCUGUGAUGGACGGGCCAGUGGUGUCCAACAUUGAUAAGAUCGGAGCUGAUCAUGUCCAGAGUCUGUUACUUAAACACUGUGCAAGCGUGGUUGCUAAAACUAGACCACUCCCAGAUAUGGUGGAUCAAUACAAGGCAGAUUAUGGUUAUCUGGGCACAAUGCUCUGUUCACAUGUGGUGAAGGCCCGUGCACAGGCUGCCUUCCAAGCCCAGACUGUUAACAGAACCACACUCACUAUCACACAGCCACGCCCAACUCUGUCAGUAUCUCAGAGUGGAUUGUCAGCAUCAAGUGGGCCACGCACACCGAGCAUUAUUAAAGUACCCAGUUCACUCACCCUUAUGUCCACUCGGCCUGGAACACCUACCCAGCCAUCACCCCCAGCAACCAAAUACAUUGUUAUGGCAACAAGUGCAGGAGCUGCCUCCACACAGCAGGUAAUCACUCUCAGCUCCUCCCAGUCUGGAUCUCCUGUAACAAGUACAGUCCCCAGCACCCCCACAUCUUUACAGCCACUGGUCAAACUGGAGUCUGGAAACACAGGUGCUGUGAGUGGCUCGCGUCCUCUUCAGAAAUACAUUGUGGUGUCUUUGCCUUCAUCCUCUUCCUCACUGGAGAACAAGGGCUCAAGUGUCCUUCCAUCCUCUACCUCACCUAUCAGUAUGGAGUCGGCUGUCAAGUUGGAACGUUCAGAAUCACCGGCUGCAAACACACAGUCACAUUGAACACAUUGAAACACACUCGCUUUCUCCA